AUGAGGGUUUCCACACCAGGAGCUAAGAACCGUGUUACCAAGCGCAAAUGUGCGUCAAGGAAAAACUGGACAGAAGCUGUCAAGGAAAAUAUUGUACAGUACUUCACUGGCACAGAGUUUUUAUGCGGUCCCUUUGCUAAUAAAUCCAAGUCACCGCAAAAUGCCGCUCUACAGGAAGCCCUCGAAUGCACUCAAUGCAGGCAUCUGCACAUUAUUCCAUACAUGAUGAAUGCAGACAUUGCUGCAGGCUCGUACAUCACAUCGGAAUACCCGCCUUUCUUCGUCAGCAAAAGCGUACCAGACGAAAAUAUAUCCCCCUUUGACACAAACUUAGGGGCUUACCAAAAUAACAACGCCACAAUGUGGGACGAUAUCACCCCUUCCCAACAGCAACAUUAUUACGGCAAGAUUGAUGCCAUUCUCAAGAAGGCCGAGGCUGAAUCGGGCAAGCCAGUGGAUGAAGCCACCGUUCUUUUCGCCCACUACCAAGUGGACUUCCAUAUUCGCCAACACUACCUCGCUCCCCGAAGUAUCCUGAAUCUAUGCCGCUCGAAAGAUGAUAUUAGGGGGCUGAAGCACUGGGAGUGGGAGACUGCUGUCUCAGAUGAGACAGCAUUUGCGGAAUUCCCCGACUGGGGUGUGGGAUGGGUGCAUGAGCCGAGCAAUUCUAUCGGCCACCAGAUUGCAGCAUGGCGUAUGGGGGAAAUAAAGCGAGAGAAACACCUCGCAGAAGUCAAGGCCCGGUGGGCGAAGAUCAAGGAUGAGAGGGAAAAGCAGAGGACACGGACAGUCAAAAUUUCGUUCCAGGGCGCGCAUGUUAGGACUUGCAAGUAUGAGUCAUGUCAACCGGGUCUAACAGAGAAGGAGAUUGUGCGUAUUUCAGAGAUACAAGGUGCCAAUUAUGAAGCCUGUUUAGACGCUAUAAAUGUGUGA